AUGGAUUUUAUGGAACUAGCAAUGAAGGUGAAAAAAGAAGGGCAGGCAGGGGACCUAGAGAAAUUCUUCCUCAUUGCCUGGUCCUUUUGGUAUAGAAGAAACCAGUUCCAAUUCGAGGGACAUAUUCAGCAUCCACAACAUACUGUAGACCAUGCUCUUUCCAUGUUGAAGGAAUCACAAGCAAUUCAAGGUGGCUGCCAGCAGCUUUUGAGAAGGAAUAUGGGAUGGAGACCCCCUCCCACAGGGGUCUUAAAACUCAACACAGACGGAGCCAUGUUUCAGGAGCAGUGCAAGAUAGGAGUGGGUGUCAUUUUGAGAGAUGAGAAUGGGAAAGUAGUAAUGGCAACAUGCAACAAAGAGCCUGAGUUCUCUGAACCUAUGGAAGUAGAACUACUUGCUAUCUUGAGAGGCCUUCAACUUUGUGUCCCAAUGGGCAUCAAUGAUCUAAUUGUGGAGAUUGACUCGUUGUUAAGUGUCAAUGCCAUAGUAGCAGAAGGGGAGUUCAUAUCUACCUCAGGCAACCUGAUUUCCUCUAUAUAG